GGGAGUUGAUGAUAUUGUUUUGAUCGGUGAAAUAAUUAUUGCUGAAUCGAAACAGCAAGUCCAGCGCUUCGCAUUUUGUCACACUCUAAAUUACUAAACCAAGAUGAAUGCAGACGUAGAAUUUCACAUUCGCCAUAAUUACCCGUGGACCAAAUUACCGGCCAACAUCAAACAGUUGCUAGGAAACUCACAGAAAGAAUAUGAAAAGUCUGUUUAUAACUUCAGUGUGAAGAAUCAGCUGAGAUUCAAAGGAAAUUUAAUACGUCAAGUGAAAAAAGAUGAGAAGAAAUACUAUGAAGGAUUACUGAAGUAUAGCCAGGACCAUCUCAUGUUGUAUCCGUAUCACCUGUCUGAUAUCAUGGUCAAAGGACUACGAGUCACUCCGUUCUCUUAUUACUCUGGCAUGAUGCAUGAUAUUAUGUCAAACGAAAGAAGUUACGAUUCACUGCCGAAUUUUACAGCUGCCGAUUGUUUGCGGUUGUUAUGUAUUGGUAGAAAUCAGUACAUUGAUAUUAUGAAUCAAUGCAGGUCAUCAAAGAAAUUCUUUCGUCGAAAACCGAUACGAGAUUUAUUGCCGUUAAAACCAGUAGAAGAGAUUAACAUAGAGUCGUGGUGGAUAGUGCAGGCUGGGUACAUAACAGAGGAUGACAUCAAGAUGUGCUCCAUUGCUGAGAAGAAUGCUAUUGAUAAAAUAAUUGACAGUGGUCCACAGCUGGCUGGUGACAUGGACUAUACUACUGUACAUAAACUUUAUACAAAAGGAUUAAUUUAUUUAGAAGUUCCCAUGGCUGAUGAUGCUUGUAUAAUUGUACCACCGCUGGAAGGUUUUGUAAUGAAUCGAGUGACAGGUGAUUAUUUUGAAACGUUGCUCUACAAGAUAUUUGUAUCCAUAGAUGAACACACCAAUAUAGCAGAGCUUGCUAAUGUGCUCCAAAUUGACUUACAACUUGUGAAGAACGCAGUCUCUGUUUACUGCAGACUGGGAUUUGCUAAGAAGAAAGGAAACGAUGUGGAUCCCGACAAUUUACAUCCGAGUUGGAAAGAAAAACAGAUGUCAGUGAGAAAACCCAGUCAAGAAGAGCAGAUGUUAAUUGAUUGGACAACUACAAUCAACGAAAGAGUGUCAUCGACAUCGGAUCCAUCAGAAGGCACGCCAGAAACCGCCAGUGUUGAUGAAGCAGUACUGGGUUUAGAGUGUCUGAAUUCCCAUCUGGUUACACUCUCUGGUUACACUCUCUGGCACAACAAAGACAUCACGCUGGAUCCAGAGUUACAUAAUGGUGGUAUGUCUAUAGAUUUACUACGAUGUGAAAGUUUGCUAGGAUUGGACCCAGCCACUUGUAGUAGAGUACUCAAUAAGAAUUAUUUACAGGUGAUUGACUAUAAGCCUGCAUAUAUGGAGUGCCUGACAGGUAGACAGGUGAUUGACUAUAAGCCUGCAUAUGGUGCAUAUUGGCGUAGUCAGGUGAUUGACUAUAAGCCUGCAUAUGGAGUAUUUACAAGAAAUAAUAUGGAAACUCAUCCGGCUAUCAGAAGUCUGGCUAAAAGGUUUGAUUUGAAACAUACAUGUGGCUACGUCACAAUGCUAAAAAGCUGUAAACCAGAUUACGCCAAUAUACAAGCACAACAGGUGGUCGACGAACUUCAAGAUGCAACGAUUGAUCUCGCAGAUGGUGAUGCGAACACUCAUAAACAAUCCCCACCGAGCAACCUAACAGAUGUUACCACGGCAAUGAAGGAGAAACUGACCCUGGAUGUUCAAAGGGACUCAAGUGCCGUUACAGUUGACAGUGUGGAUGAUUGGGUACCGCUAGACUUGUAUUUUGGUAUUCCGUUGUUCGACGACGUGGUCAAUAAAGACGUGUGCCAAAAAAUAGUUGACCAUAAGCUGUGUGAUAAAGAGAGUUUGGCUCACUUAUUACAUUCCAGCAGAAAACUAUCAUUACACUUACUUAAUUUUAUCAACGAGCAGCAGGACACUCCAGUGGUCCGUGAUAACAGUACAGAUCCUACACUGGGACACCCACCUGGCAUGAACCACACCGUGGAGUCAUGUAUACCACUGCCUACUAGAAACCUCUUAUUUUACAAUGGAAAACUCAUGGUCUGGAACACAUGCUGAAACUUUUUAAAAUAUUUAGUAAUCAUUUUAUGUGAGACACUGUUCAUAAACAUUACUGGAGUUAGAUUACAAGGUUAG